UCGGUCAAGGCAACCCAACCCGUUCGGGAGAAGUCUGCAUAUCGCCGUCGGGUGACCGAGUGGAGGAAACAAAGGAGCACCCAGUCCAUAUGUUGACAAGGGUCUGAUUCGCUGCCACCAUGUCAAAACGCCCAUCCUAUGCCCCCCCCCCUCCUCCGGCCCCUGCAGCACAGUUGCCCUCCGCCCCGGGCUUUGUGGGAUACAAUCCUUACAGCCAUCUGGCCUACAACAACCUGCGCCUGGGAGGGAGCGCGGCGGGCUCCAGCAGGGAGAUCACACCAGUGAAGAACUCCACGGGCGUCACCGUGCCCAAGCCCCCCAAGCCUCCAGACAAGCCCCUGAUGCCUUACAUGCGGUACAGCCGGAAGGUAAGCAGGAAGGUGUGGGACCAGGUGAAGGCGUCCAACCCAGACCUGAAGCUGUGGGAGAUCGGUAAGAUCAUCGGGGGCAUGUGGCGCGACCUGACGGACGAGGAGAAGCAGGACUACCUCAACGAGUACGAGGCCGAGAAGAUCGAGUACAACGACUCCCUGAAGGCCUACCACAACUCCCCGGCCUACCUGGCCUACGUCAACGCCAAGAACCGCGCCGAGGCGGCCAUGGAGGAGGAGAGCCGCCAGAGGCAGACGCGCAUGGACAAGGGCGAGCCCUACAUGAGCAUCCAGCCCGCGGAGGACCCCGACGACUACGACGACGGCUUCUCGGUGAAGCACACGGCGGCCGCCCGCUUCCAGAGGAACCACCGGCUGAUCAGCGACAUCCUGAGCGAGGUGGUGGUGCCCGACGUGCGCUCGGUGGUCACCACCGCCCGCAUGCAGGUGCUGAAGAGGCAGGUGCAGUCGCUCAUGGUGCACCAGAGGAAGCUGGAGGCGGAGCUUCUGCAGAUCGAGGACCGGCACCAGGACAAGAAGAGGCGCUUCCUGGAGACCACGGACUCCUUCAACACCGAGCUGAAGAGGCUGUGCAGCCAGAAGGUGGAGGUGGACAUGGACAAGCUGGCGGCGGAGAUGGCGGCCGCGGAAGAGGCGGCGCGGCGGCGGGCCGAGGAGCGGGAGCGCGAGGCGGCGGAGCAGGCGGAGAAGGCGGCGCUGCAGGCCCAGGAGCGGCAGCAGCAGCAGCAGGAGGCCGUGAGCAAAGCGGCGGCGGCGGCGGCGGCCGCUAGCAGCGCCGCUAGCGCCGCCGCCACCGCCGAGCAGAGGGACACGGCGUCCGCAGGGCCCGGGGACGACACGCCCACGCCCAUGGAGACAGACGACGCCCCGUCCUCCGCAGCCGAGGCCUCCCCCAGCCCCCAGUCGGCCGACCUCCCCCCCGCCGCCCCCACGGACAAGGCCAGCCCGGCGCCCGCCGAGCCCCCCCGUGAGAGCGGCCCGCCCCCUGCCAGCGCGGCGGCAGCGGCCGCCGGCGCCACCACGGCCGCCACCAACAGCGAGGAGAGCAGCAGCAGCAUGAGCAGCGGGCCCCCCGCCUCCCCCGACCGGCCCCCCGAGCGCUCCUCCGCCGCAGCGCCCGGGCCCGCCGGUGGCCCCGAUGGGGGGCCCCGCACGCCGCGGGAGCCCAGCCCGGGCGCCGCCUCCAACCCGCCGCAGUCCCCGCCUUCGACCACGCCCCCUGCUCAGCCCCCGGCCGCCGGCAACCAGACGGGCCAGUAG